UGUGGGAUGUCAGCAAAAACCUCUUUUUGCUGGCAUUACGGAAGCUUAGGUGGGGGGAGUGCGGACUGACGAAAGGGGCAGUCGGUACUAACUAGGGACAGGGGGAAGGAGAAAGUGAGAGAAGUGAAGUGACGCAUCGUACCCCCUAAGGAUGGAAUUUGUAAUGCUGUUCGCUAUCUUACUAAUCAGUCAAAAUUCUUGCGUUGGAGGACAAAUAGAAGUGUCGGCAGGAGCAUUCUGGAGGCCCCUUGUGGAGACUUUGAAUUACGAGGCAACCAUACCAAUAAAGUAUACAAUGGCGUGGUUCAAACCACAAACAAACAGUACGGGCACAUCAAAACAAUGUAGUGGCGAUCACAAUUGCGAGCUGGCGACCGCUAUGCACCAGUUAAUGGAAGCGGUUGACGGCGAGCUGGAACCACAAGAGUCGGAAGAAGGAUGGCAGCUUUUUGAAGAUCAACAGCACAGAGAAAAACGCAGCCUGGAUUUUCUAGGAGAGGGACUGGCUUGGUGUUGCGGCGUUGCAACACAACACAAACUAGACUCGCUGCACAUGGAAGAAAGGGCUUUACAGAAAAAACUUCGACAAUUGGAGGGGGGCCUAUCUGAAAAUAUCAAAACGCUAAGUCAAAAUUCUGUGGAAUUUAAAAAAUAUACAGAUCAGGUCGGGGAGGCUUUUAAAUCCACGGAGAGGAGGAUUAAAGAAAUGGAAAAAGCCAUCACAAAUUUUAGGAACAAGACGAAUGAAUGGGAAGGAUUUUUCGGUACUUUAAUAGAAAAUCAAUUUCAGAAUACUAGACGUGUCGUAACAAUGUGGCGCGCGUUGGAACAAAGGGACGUAAAACUGUCAUGUCGACAACACCAAAUACCAGAAAAGGUGUUGCGGCCCCAACUUUUUCAAGCGAACUUAAUGGAACUUCAAAAGGAAUUAAUCAAAGCAGGUCACGAUUUAGCUAUUGCUGUCACGGAUAUACACAGGUAUUAUCAGUUACCAAUAACAGAUUGUGUAAUUUCAGGAAAUAACAUAACACUGGUAGUACGAGUGCCCAUCGUACAACAGGGCAUUAGGUGGAGUUUGUUUGAGCUCAUAACUGCACCCUUCAGUUGGUACAAUCAGAGUUGCAGAAUAGAGUACAGCACCUUGUUUUUGGCGGUGGCAGAAGCUCCCUACACUAGACACCGGAGGCACAAUUUGUACCGACAAAUUUCUGGUUUGGGGUUGCAUCAGUGCAGGCCGCACUCCGACAAGCUGUGUUUUCUUCCUCGAUUCGGAGAGGAUAAACUUCAUGGGCCUACGUGUGCACGAAAAUUAUAUGAAGGUGCGACAGUGGAGGAAUUAAGUUACCACUGCCCCAUGAAAUGUCACGCAUCGACAUCGCUUACCAUCACAGAAGUCGAGGAGGAUUUAUUUAUAAUAACAAAUUUAAAGGUAGGCGCUUAUAUAAGUUGUCCCAGCAGUAAUAAAACCCUAACUGAAUUCGGAAGCUUAUUGGGCGCAUUAAAAAUAAAACUUCACUGCCAGUGUGCACUUGUUUACCUGCAUGAUGUAAUAAUACCUAGACGUUUUCCCUGCUUAGAUACUAUCCCUCGCAUCCACGUAAAUCACAUAAUUCCAGCAGCGUGGUCGAAUCUAAAAUCUUUCAUUCUUAACCCCAUUCAUACCCACUCGUUACCAUCAUAUAACAACUUUUCGGAAUGUAUUAAUCCAAAUUGGUCAUUGACUAUUCCGCAUUUAAAUUUAACCUCCCCGAAUAAACUUCUCCAAAAUUUUGUCGCAAAUAUUCCAGAAUCACCACAAAUUUUUUCUUUUGCGGACAGUUAUGGUGUACAUACAUCCGCUACUUUAGUUGUUUGGAAUUUAAUCUUAACUGUUUUAUUAAUAUAUAUAUUUUGGAAAUCCAACCACCCAGCGAUAGCCUCCCCCAACCAAACAUGUAACCCUACCACCUCCCUUCUACUACAAGGGGGGGAAGCCGUUAGGAUAACUGUAGAUGACGCGUCGUAAAUUAUAUAUAUUAUCACCCUGUGGAUCUUGUCUUAAUAUUUGGACUCUCGAUUAAAAAGAUCGUUAGACAAAUGCUGAGGCAAUAUCUGUACAGGUCGAUUGAAGCCUGCAGGCAUAUAUGUAUUACCCAUAUAUAGGUUAUAUGUAGAUAAUAAGUAGUUGUCCACUGUUUUAUAUUUUAGAUCGGAGAUUGAACAUAGAUUUAGAAAGUUAUUUAGAUAUUGUGUACUGGCUUCGCUUUAUCUAUUUUGUAGGAGUAUAAGGUAAUUCUAAUGAAUGAACUUUUUUUUUAUGUUCUGGAACCGGGUCUGGCAACGGGAGACACCUACCAUACAUAAGGCGUUCUUGCUCGAGACAGAACCAGCAUGGAAAAAAAAAAGGCCCUGACAUCACUCUCGCAUACGACGCUCUCGUUCGAGAACCAAGCUUCUACGACGACGAGUUCUCCUUAAAGAAGACUCCAGUUAACAAGACUGGACUCAUAGUGGUUGAGUUUUGCCAAAAAGGAAAUGGUGGUGAACGGGACUUCGGCCAGUAAGCAGGGACGUUAAAAUAGCGCUCAUCAUCUGCUGCAAUUAGUAAGAGAGUGCCGCUUGUCGCGAGAGAUUUUAAAACAGUUGCUUCAAAAGAUAAAUACCUUAAAUCAAUUUUUGUCUUAUUCAAGUGUGUAAAAUGUUGGUAGGGUCUUCCUGGGUAUGUCGACCAGAAGAAUGUAAUUUUGUAUCGUUGGGUAUCUUUGUUAUUGUAGUAAAGUAGGAGUGAAGUCUAAUAUGAUUGUAUAUUUUAUAGGGUUGUGUUUGCAAAAUGGAUAAUUUGUGGCUAUGUACGUUUUAUGCAUUGUAUUAGUUAAGAGAUAUCUGUUUGUAAAACACUGGAGGUCCAGUGUUCCUUAAGGAGGGAGAUGUGUCACGAAACUGCUAGUUGCCCUAGUUAUGUAAAGAUUGCCUCAUGCCAUGCUUGUGGGAUGUCAGCAAAAACCUCUUUUUGCUGGCAUUACGGAAGCUUAGGUGGGGGGAGUGCGGACUGACGAAAGGGGCAGUCGGUACUAACUAGGGACAGGGGGAAGGAGAAAGUGAGAGAAGUGAAGUGACGCAUCGUACCCCCUAAGGAUGG